UCCCGCAAAAAUAUCAAAGGGGAGAGAAAUUGGAUAUUGUCCAGAGUUCAAGACUGGAUGUCGUCCUUCUUGUAAGACCCGUCUCUCUCCUCAUCCACCGUGAAUAAAUCUGCUUGGUCAAGCCUGUAAUUGCAGAGUCAAGGGUUACCCAUCAGAGUUCUUCUUCAAUUCCGCAAACCCUUUUCGUUUUACUUCACGUAUGAGCCAGUACUGAUAAGGGAUUGAAAAGGAAAAAGCUGUCUUGUUGGUGGUUUUUAGUUGGGGAACGAAAGAAGCAGAGCCAUGGCGGCUGCUGCUGCUGUUGCUUUGAGGUCGAAAUUUUUCAAAGAUGUAGCUUCGAGGGCAGUUUCCCGGAAUAGAUUAUUGGGAUUUCAUCGCAGUUAUAGAAGAAAGUGGGACGAUUUCUGGACCAGGAUGCCCAAUCAUUUGGAUAGGUUCAAAAUGGUUUCUUUACGAGGAGAUUUAGUCGAAAAGGGUACAGGGUAUUCGCAAAGUCGUGAACUUUCGUCGGAUUCCAGUGUGGAACGAUGCAAGGAAUCGACUAGUUUACCGGAUUCUGUGAUGUCUUAUGGCGAACCUCCUGAGUUCUGGCAACCACCGGGAGACGAUCAUACGGUUUGCUCAGCUGCGGUGGAAGCGAAUUCAGUGCGUGGAGUGGGAGGCAGUGGAGGAUCCAUGGGUUCCGGAGGUGGUUCUGGUUCGAAUUCCAAUGAUCGGAGCUUGGGAGGAGGGAAUUUUGAAAACAAUUUUCCGACCCCAAAGGAAAUCUGCAAAGAACUCGAUGAUUAUGUUAUUGGCCAGGAGCGAGCCAAGAAGGUACUUUCUGUGGCGGUUUACAACCAUUACAAGAGAAUAUAUUACGAGUCUGUGCUUAAGUGGCCUGCCGGAGAUGCAGUUAAUGGUGAAGUUGAUUCAACAGAUGAUGAUUCUGUAGAGCUCGAGAAAAGUAACGUUCUUCUAAUGGGUCCAACUGGCUCAGGGAAGACAUUACUUGCAAAAACUUUGGCACGGCUUGUGAAUGUUCCAUUUGUUAUUGCAGAUGCAACAACACUGACUCAGGCUGGAUAUGUUGGAGAGGAUGUGGAGUCCAUAUUAUCCAAGCUUCUUACGGCUGCUGACUUUAAUGUGGCUGCUGCCCAGAAGGGCAUUGUCUACAUCGACGAGGUUGACAAGAUUGCCAAAAAGGCCGAGAGUCUCAACAUUAGCCGAGAUGUAUCAGGCGAGGGCGUCCAGCAGGCAUUGCUAAAAAUGUUGGAAGGAACAGUGGUUAAUGUCCCAGAGAAGGGAGCUCGAAAGCAUCCUCGAGGUGACAAUAUUCAGAUUGAUACUAGAGAUAUUCUCUUCAUUUGUGGUGGUGCCUUCAUUGACUUGGAGAAAUCAAUAUCAGAGAGGCGGCAAGAUUCUUCAAUUGGUUUUGGAGCACCAGUACGUGCAAACAUGAGGACUGGUGGUCUGACAAAUGCUAUGCUGGCAUCAUCUUUACUGGAAACUGUUGAAAGCAGUGAUCUUAUUGCGUAUGGUCUAAUACCGGAAUUUAUUGGACGGUUCCCAAUCCUUAUCAGUUUAUCAGCUCUCAAUGAAGAUCAGCUUGUUCAGGUUCUCACUGAGCCAAAGAGUGCCCUGGCAAAACAAUACAAAAAGAUGUUUCAAAUGAAUGGUGUCAAGCUACAUUUCACUGAGAAGGCAUUGAGACUUAUUGCUAGAAAAGCGAUGGCUAAAAACACUGGGGCUCGAGGCUUACGAUCCUUAUUGGAGAAUAUCUUGAUGGAUGCAAUGUAUGAGAUUCCAGACACAAGGACUGGCAAUGAUAAAAUAGAUGCUGUUGUGGUUGAUGAAGAAGCCAUUGGUUCUGUAGAAGGAUGUGGUUGUCAAGCUAAAAUUCUUUCUGGUGAUGGUGCAUUGGAUCGGUAUCUUUCACAACAAACUGUGAAGGAGGCAGAUGAUCCAGAGAGAACCCUGGAAGAAUCUGAUGGUGAGUCGGAAGUUGAACCGGAGCUCCCUUCUGUUGUUGCCAGUAUGUAGUCUUCUGGUGAUAUCCAUUUGUGGUCUCAACCUUGUAAUUAAGUUAAUAUGUAUUUAAGUUACAUUAUUUCUAAUGGUUUCCGGGGUUUCCUGUAGUUGGUCUUAUAACUUUCAGCAUUUUAAUCCAUAAGAAUGAAUCCCAAAGGUUAUUUGAAAAUGUGCAA